AUGUCGACAACUGCUUAUCGAAAUGCACAUUCACCCAGAACAUUUACACGACGACAUAUUCGAAAAUCAUCAACAAAUUCUAUUCUUCCAACAAUAACAAAUAAUUCUACAAGAUUCCAUUCACAAACAAAUUAUAUUCGUCCACCUGUACCACCAAUACGAGAAUCCAUAUCAACAAAUUCUAUACCAUCAUCUGAAAUAGUAUCAUCAAUGUCACAAUCACCAUCAUUACCUGUUCAGUUUUUAUCAACAGAAAAUUCUUUAAAUGAAAAUUUAACAAAUAAAUUAUCUAAACAACCUUAUACAUUUAGUAAUCCACCACGUGAAAUUCAACGACAAUCAAUACAAAAUAUGAAAUAUUUACGAAAUAGUCGUUUACGUCAACGUGUUUCAUCAGCACCUGAUGAAAAUUCAUUUCAAAAUUCUCCACGUUCAUCAAUAAGAAAUCCACAAAAACCAUCAUCAGCAAAUGAAUCAUCAACACCACGUUCACAUGAUGAUAAUAAUAAUAAUAAUCACAUGCAACAAUUACCACCAAUAAAUCAUCAUUUAUUAAAACGUGAUGAACAACAAAAAAGUUCAUUAAAUGCAUUAAUUAAAGAACAGGAAAGAUCGAAAGUUCCUAAGGCUGUACAAAAAAGACGAAUUAUUUUACUUUUUCGUCGUUUACCACCACCAUCGACAUCACCACUAAUAUCACCAAGACGACAACAACAAGAUUUAUCACCUAUUAAAUCAGAUAUAAUAUCAACUAAUUAUCAUCAACAAGAUCAAAAUCCAAUUGAUGAUACUCAACAUAUCAUAAAUAAUCAGAUAUCUUCACCAUCAAACUCCCUUUCUCAUGAUCCAUUUUAUGGUUUUGAUCAAGCAGAAAUAGCUGAUUCAAAACAAAUAGCUGCUAUACUUGCUAAUAUGCAAUCAUUAGAUGAUUGGAUUCCUAAUAAUGUCAAUGAUGGAUUAUCUCCUCGACGUCAACAAAAAACAUUUGAUCCAAAAAAAUAUGAAUAUGUUGCAACAAAUUCGUUUGAUACAGCAACAUUUAAACUUUCACCACGUACAUUAAAACCUUCGGAAGAAUUAGCAGCACGUUCACGUUUUUCACAACAUUAUCGUUAUGAAAUGCUUUCUAGUGCAAAUGCUCAAAUACCACCAUUAAUGGCAUCAAUUGUAGCAGAAAAUAAUAAUUCGAUUGGAACUAUUGGUACUGGUAAUGAUAAAACUUUUACAUUUAGAUUAAAUUCUACAACUACAAUGAAAAAACAAAGUUCAUUCGAUGAUAUUGAACCUAUUCCAUCCACGAUGGAUGGGGAACAAGUUCAAUUAUGUUUUGAUGAAAUACUUAAAUGUUUCUAUGAUCCACAUACAGGCACAUAUUAUGAAUUAUCGUCUACGUAA